AAGCGGUACAAAGUGAAGCCACAUUGCCAAACUUACCCGGCGAUUGCAGCAGCGAGCGGCGGCGGCGCCCUGCGUGUGCAGCUCAGCGGCAGGGACUGAGCUCUGCAGCUCCCCUCCAGGGAAGCGGGAGCUGGAGGAAGGACCCGGGCAGACGCCUCUCAUAGAAAUAUCUAUAUUUUUCCAGCCUGGGCUGCCCUUUGCCGGGCGGUGGGCUCCCUCCAGCGCUCCCGAAACCCAGAGCGAGGGCGAGCGCUGUGUUUGUUUCUUUGCAAGGAGACCUCCUCAGGCAACCCCGAGCGACGUUUCUCCCCGGCCUUUUGCAAUAUAGAGGGGAAGCAGGCCAUGGUGAACCCCGGCGGCAGCUCGCAGCCGCCCCCGGUGACGGCGGGCUCCCUCUCGUGGAAGAGGUGCGCCGGCUGCGGGGGGAAGAUCGCCGACCGCUUCCUGCUCUACGCCAUGGACAGCUACUGGCACAGCCGCUGCCUCAAGUGCUCCUGCUGCCAGGCCCAGCUGGGGGACAUCGGCACCUCCUGCUACACCAAGAGCGGCAUGAUCCUCUGCAGAAACGACUACAUCAGGUUAUUUGGAAAUAGUGGUGCUUGCAGUGCCUGUGGACAGUCCAUUCCUGCUAGCGAGCUGGUCAUGAGGGCACAGGGCAACGUCUAUCAUCUUAAGUGUUUUACAUGCUCUACCUGCCGGAAUCGCCUGGUCCCCGGAGAUCGGUUUCACUACAUCAAUGGCAGUUUAUUUUGCGAACAUGAUAGACCUACAGCUCUCAUCAAUGGCCAUUUGAAUUCACUUCAGAGUAAUCCACUACUGCCAGACCAGAAGGUCUGCUAAAAGGUCAGAGUAAUGCAGAAUGCGUGCCUUCAUCUCAAAUUUUGUUCAUCACAGAUGGAUCCCAUGUCUCCAAGUAGACAAGUCACCUUUGUAGCUAGCAUCAAUGCCAGCUCCAUACCAUUGCACCUUCUUUAUUCUUGAUUGCCCUUCCCGCAUUUAUUGGUGUAUUAAAAUGACUGAAUAUGAACAUUAAGGACUCCAUGAACCUGGGCUAAUGGGAGACUGUAGAGAAAAUGAAAAAAGAUCCACCGGAGGACAUCUUGGGGGGGAGGGGGGGUGGGGGGGGAAGAUGACUAAUGAAGCUAAUUAAAAGAAGCAUUGAAAUCUGCUUUCUACCCUCAUUAACAAUUAGCAGGGCACUGGCCAGUUUGUACCCUGUGUUUUACCUUAACAACAUUCUAUUUGCUCUUUGUAUAUUUAAGUGUUGUAAGGAAAUGUGUUUCAAUCAAACUGAACAUGAGAUAAAGAUGUGGCUUUUGUGAUAUUCUAUCACAAACACUUUUAUUGUAUCUCUGUAAAAUACAAUGUAUGUAUGCAUGUAAGUGUUUUUGUCCUAAUGUUGCUACUUCCCAUGGCAAACAAAAAAAAAAGAAAAAAGAAAAAAAAAAAGUCAGGCUCAUAGCAGCUACUGUGUAGAAAUUUUCACCUACUUCUAAUUUGCUGAAUGAAGAAAAAUCUUUUAUUUGUGAUAUUUUCAGAGACAUUUGCUCUAGUAUGGUGUAUUUAAAUAAUAAAAAAGUAAAACAACACUGAAUUGAGUAUGGGUUUUAGAAGCUUUGCUUUCUUUUUUUUUUUUUUUCCCCAAAACUGCAUUAUUCUGAAACUAUGUCUUACAAAGUCAUUACCUUAAUUGUCAAUUAUCUUUAACAGUAGCUUUUUGGUUUGGAUGGGUUUUUUUUUGUCUUAUGCCAGUAAAGAAUCUGUUAAACUACUUAACUGUGUUACUUUUGGCAGGGAUACAGAGCACUACUUCAAAAUGAUCUUUAUUUUUCAUUGAGAUUCUUAAUUCUGGUAAUAGCAAGUAUAUUAUAAUCCGUACUGCAGUGAAUUAUGGUACUUGUAUAGGUAUUGUGGUCUCUUUCUAUCCGGUUCCUUUCUGCAGAAGCAUGUGUUAAGGGUGUGCAUGUGUCUGUGAGUGUGCAAGCAUGAGAGUGCACGCAUGUACCACAAGAGGUCAAAGAAUAAUAACAUAAAAAACCAGCAAAAGGUCUGUACCUCAUGCUGAGCACUAGAAUUGAGUAUUCAUAAAAAGGAAUACAAUAGCUAUUCUGGUCUGAACGACAUAAAGUUGUGUUUGCUGCAGUAGGAGACUAACUUUUCAGCACUGAUAAUCUUAAGGAAAGAAGAGCACGUUUCCUGAGCUAUUUCUGAGAACUGAUGUCAAAUAUCAUCUCUUCUCUGAAAGCAAACAAACAAAAAAUACGCCACUUCCCCCCCCCCCCC